AUGAUGGCGGGCUGCGACUUCCUGCUCAUGCCCUCGCAGGAUACGAGCCGUGCGGCCUGCCCCAGAUGUACGCCCAGCAGUACGGCGCGCUGCCCAUCGUGCACGAGACAGGGGGUCUCAAGGACCAUUUUUGACUCCGUCAUCGGCCUGUGGGACGAGGCGAGGGACCGCAGCACGGCCACGGGUUUCCUGUUCGCCGGGUUCGACGAGAACAAGUUCAAAGAGCGGUUGUGGCAGGCGUUGGAGGUGUAUCACAAGAAGAAGGACCCCAGAUUUGACGAAGCAGAUGCAGUUGAACGCCAUGAACUGCAACUAUUAUUGGCCGAAGGCGCUCGAUGA